GGGGCAUAUAUUCCUCCUACACUAGUUUUCCCAAGGAAAAAGAAAAAUCCAAGGUACAUGGAAGGAACUCCACCAGGCUCUUCUCAAUUAGUAACUGAUUCUGGAUGGAUAAGUUCCGAAGCUUUCCUGGAGUGGAUGAAGUUUUUUGUAAGCAACGUUAGACCAAAUGAAGACCAUAAAUGUCUAUUAAUCUUAGACAAUCAUGCUUCUCAUAGGUCUAUUGAUGUCCUUGAUUAUGCCUCUCAGAAUAAUGUCAUCAUUUUGUCGGUUCCACCCCACACGACACACAAGCUCCAGCCGCUAGAUGUGUCCGUUUAUGGCCCUUUCGGAACCUAUUUCCAAAAUGAAAUUGACAAGUGGCAAAAAGCGCAUCCUGCACAACGCGUUACGUUGUUUGAUGUAGGCAAAAUUUUUAAAAAUGCCUACCUUAAAGCUGCAACACCAACAAACGCUAUAAAAGAACCAGAGGUCCGUAUUAACCAUAAUCCUCAAGAUAUGGAUGUUAUUGAAAUUGGACCGCUCAAUACAUCUGCCCAUAAUGAUAUCGCAAAACCUGAACCUUCUGGUCUCAAUAAUAGUACGACCUUAAAACAAGCUAGUGACGCUCUAAAAGGAAAUAAACGCAUUAAAAUUAUUGAUAUUCAUAUUAUACCUAAAUGAGAUAAACGAAAAGAACCCAAAACAAAAAGGAAUCAACAGAAAUCAGAGAUUUUGACUUCUACGCCAAUUAAAGAAGAAAUUAGAGAAAAAAGUAAGAGCAAAGAAUGUGUCAAAAGCGUUAGAAGGAAGAUCCAACAAGAGACAGAUUCCAGCAAACUGAAAAUACCUCGUCCACCUUCACCACCGAAAACCGCUCCAGAUGAAGAAGAAACUCCAUGUUUGAUAUGUGACGAUUCCUUUGAAAACUCCAUUCCAGGCGAACACUGGAUACAGUGCAAUUUCUGUGAGAAGUGGGCACAUCAGAAAUGCACAAGCUGGAAUUUAUAUUUGUCA